AUGGAGCUAGACCCAAGUCCGACCUUGAAUCUGCCCUCACCGACGGCGACCCAUCGGUCGCCGGAGGAUCAGGACCUACUUGCACGAUCAACUAAGAAGCCCAAGAGGAGACGGGAAAUGCUCGGGCCCCAGAUGGAUCUACAAUCUUCGAGAACAAGACAAGAGUCACCCUCUCUAGCAGAUAUUGCAUCCCCGGAAUCCAACCAAUGGACGACUCCGGCGGCUUCCCCAAGUUCUGCAUGGACGAGAAGAACCCAGAUGCCCCCGAUGGAGGAGGAGUACGAUUCAGAUGAUGAUGUGAUGAAUGAAAACCUUGCCAAAUCGGAGUAUCCCGUUAUCUUGGUUACUAAAGAAGAGAAGGAAAGAUUGAGAAGACCGUGGCGUAAGUCCCUCAUUAUUAAGCUUCUUGGUAGAACUGUGGGUUAUUCUUUUCUGUUGCAGAAACUACAGAGAAUGUGGAAGCCGGAAGCACCAUUUGAGCUGAUAGCACUUGACCUAGACUAUUUUCUUGUGAAAUUCGAAUCCACCAGAGAUCUUGAAACCGCCAUGUACGGUGGCCCUUGGCUAGUGCUAGACCAUUACCUGGUGGUUCAACGAUGGGAGCCCAACUUUGACCCAAGAAACAAGAAAACAAAGAAAUUGCUAGUGUGGAUCAGGUUCCCAACCAUGCCCAUUGAGUAUUUUGAGGAAGAGUUUCUUAUGAGGUUAGGGAAAGGGCUAGGCAAACCAGUUAAAAUAGACUUAACUACUGGCUUGGUGGCAAAAGGCAAGUUUGCAAGGAUCUGUGUAGAGAUCGACAUCUCGCAGCCCCUAAUGCCCAAAUACGUUCUUGACGAGAAGGAAUGGCUAAUUGAGUAUGAAGGCUUUCACCUCGUGUGUUUCGAAUGUGGUACAUACGGUCAUCGUCAAGAAAAUUGUGGUAAGAUUGCAGGGGUGGAAGUGAUGGACUCUGACCAUCAAGGCGGAAGCCAACCGGAGAGACCGCAACCGAUAACAUCCCAAGAACCACCUAAGAAAUACGGGGCUUGGAUGCUUGUUUCGAGAAAGGAGAGGAGACAUAGGCCGAAAGGCCAAAAUAACCAUGGUGUGGCUAAACAGCAGGAAACUGCAAGAACGACAGAGAAAAACUUUGAAGGUAUAGGGGAACAGAGCUGUUUUGCAUCACUAGACGGUUUGGAGGAAGAACAAGUAGCUUAG